AUAGAAGGCGCAGGCCUUAAUACUGACUGCCGCACGAGCUGCCGCUGACUCGGGCUCAGGGCGCGAGGAGAGGCCGGCCGCCUGUGCCCGGCCAGUCACUAGGACCAACCUGCGCGCUGCCUUCCUUUCUCUCCCCCGUCCUGUCCUUCCUGUGCCCCUGCCUUUGUCCCCCUCCCCCAGAGCCUCCGCCCCAACUCCCCCGCCAUCUAUACAGGGGUUCCCCUCCGCUUGUGGGCACGGAUGCCCUCCGCUGCAGCUGCCCUCGGGCGGCUGUGAGCAGGAGGCCACUCCGGCCCGGCCACCCCAUCUGCGCCUCUGGACCCACGUCCAGACCGCCACCAUGUUCUUGGGAGCGUUGUACCUGCUGCUGACCGGUGGUAUCUUCCUGGGCCUGUGCAUUCUGGCUUGGAUCAAGGGCUGGAAAUGGCUUAAGAGAAGGAUCCCGGAAACAAGACCUGAAGAUGAAGAUGAAGAAGACGCUACUUUAAGAGACAACAUGGAAAAUGGGUUAUCUGUGCGCAACCUUUCCAAGGAGAUCCUGAAUGACUAUCCACACUCCAUCGCCAUGCAGAAAAGAAUUCUGUUAAACCUCAGAGUGGUCGAGUACAAGCUGGCCGAACUGGAACAAUUCCUGGUUGCCCAGGGCUUAAGUGCCGAAAUGGAGUACCAGCAGAUUUGUGAAAAAGAUCCAGAUGACGACGGUGUUAAUGGAAACCAACAAUAAAUCUGAUGGUCAGGCGCGA